AUGGAUGGUGGCGGUCAUGGCGACCAUGGCCACGAGAGAAGAGGCCGGCCAAAUCGGCGCAAUGCCACUGACAUCGGCACGACAUACGCACGCUGGAUGCAGAAUCGCCGACAAGCGGGAAAAUUAAAACGUGGAGCUGAGGCCGAGCGACCCAGUACUUCUUAUGUUGUAGACAUGCUUCCGCCAGCUGCGCACAGAGGUGAAGCAGUCGACAGCAUACCCGCGAAACACCUGCACUCAUCGCUCAAUAAGGUGCGGCAACCAGUCAAUGUCGUCAAAUGGACGCCCGAAGGACGGAGACUGCUUACAGGAUCCACGAGUGGCGAGUUCACACUAUGGAAUGGCACAGGCUUCAACUUCGAAACCAUCAUGCAGGCACACGAUAGUGCUAUACGAGCGAUACGAUACUCACACAACGACGAGUUCAUCCUCUCAGCCGAUCAAGAGGGUCUUGUUAAGUACUGGCAGACGAACUUCAAUAAUCUUCAAACCAUCGAAGCACACGACGAUGCCGCGGUCCGAGACGUGGCGUUUGCACCAACCGAUGAGAAAUUCGUGACCGCUGGUGAUGACACAACACUGAAAAUCUGGGACUUCUCGAGAGCUACUAUGGACUCGACGCUGUCUGGCCAUCAAUGGGACGUGAAGUGUGCCGACUGGCAUCCGACAAAAGGCUUGAUCGCCUCUGGCUCGAAAGAUCACACAGUCAGACUUUGGGAUCCGAGGACUGGACGAUCACUGACCACACUUCAUGGCCAUAAGAAUACACUUACGAUGACGAGAUUCGAACCGACAAAUGGAAUGCUCUUGGCGUCCUGUGCUCGCGAGCAGAAUGCGCGAGUAUUUGAUCUGAGAAUGAUGAGAGAUGUGUUUUUACUCAAAGGAAACGACAAGGAAGUCAGCUCGCUCGCAUGGCACCCCAUCCAUUCCUCACUGCUUUCGACUGGUGGCAACGAUGGCGCAAUGAUGCAUUAUCUUCUCGAUGAGCAGAAUCCGCCGGCUGGAUCAGCGCCCACAAUUUCACCAUAUGAUGCACCGAAUCCUGCUGAUGCGCCCACACAGACCAUAUACCCUUCUCACAGGACUACACAUGCACAUGAGUACGCUAUCUGGAGCAUGGACUGGCAUCCAUUGGGCCACGUCCUGGCAUCUGGUUCAAAUGACAGGGCUACACGAUUCUGGACGAGACCUCGACCAGGCGAUGACAGCUAUGUCAACGACCGAUGGCACAUUGGGCAGGACGCUGCCGAAGCGCAAGGAACGUGGCGGAAAGCGGAGGCGCAGAGACAGCAACAGGAGGAUGAGGCGGAAGAUGAGGAGGAUGCUUUGGCCGACCAGCAAAUGCCUGUCAAGGGAUUCUUGCCGGGCCUCCCAGGUCUAUCAGGGUUACCGGGCUUGAGUAAGCCAUCUUUCCCAGAUGGUACGAGUACAGGUGGUGCUCAACCCAUCAGCUUACCUAGCCUACCACUUCCACCGCUCAAUGGUCAGGCGCCGCCACCACUACCACCAGGUAUGGAUCUCGAAGCGUUGAAACAAGCAUUCGGCGGGAGUCUACCAUUCCCUCCACCUGCAGCUAGUGGGACACUACCACCAUUCCCCGGCUUCGCGAAUGGUGCUAUGCCAUCUCUUCCUCCUGGCUUUGUCCCACCUCCAGGCUUCCCAAUGCCGCCUUUACCAGGUAUGAGUCCACCGCCGCUAGCGGAUGGAGCGAGUGUGGGAGCUGCUGGCGGGCGAAGACGAGCACCACUACCGAGUCAGCAGGAGAGUUUGCAGCAUGAGAUGAGUCGGGGGAGGUUCAGGACUGCGAGAUAA